AGUCCAGCAGUCGCCAAAAGACCGCCCAACCCCUGCGGUAAGCGUCGCCAUCAUCGCGCUGCCUCUCAUGCCGCGCGCGGUGGCAAGAUUACGACCGAAGACUAUGCCAAACCUCUCCUGCUCCCACGUCGUAUCCUCUGGUGCAGAAAAGGUGGUGAGGCCGAGAGAUGGCUUUGUCACACCCGUCUGCCAUGGUGGUUCUUUGGGUCUUUCAUCAAUUUCUGCUUUGGUCACAGAAGCGGAAAGAGUACCCUAGCCCAGUGCUUGAAAGGAUAUCCCAUAGACGAGCAAGCCCUGAUCGAGGAGAUGGAAGACUAUUUCGAUGCUUGGACUGAGGGCGAGGAACACGUUCGUCAUACAGUGUUGGUCGAUCUGUAUGAGCUAGAACACCAUAGGCAUCCCGCAACCUUCCUCAAAGAAGCACAAGAAGAGCUUCUUUGGCAAAUUCGGCAGGCCCCAGAUGUCAAGCGGUUUUACUUUCACCAGAGACGCAGAUGGUGUCCCGGAUCGCUCACUGAAGAUGAGAAAGAGUCUCUGCGCAUCGUUCCCGAAGGCUAUGGCUAUCCUACUUUCAGCCUGCCUGUUCGCUCGGGUGUCUCUCAUCCCAACACAACAUCGGCCUCCAAUCAACACGGUCCCACGAUCGAGCCUUCCAAAUCGCGUCAAGAUCACAAAGCCUCGAAUCCUGAUCGAGUUGUCGUCCCUGCUUCUGAAUCUGUAGCGAAGUCAUCAGCUCCCAAUUCCGCCAACCCUCGUACCUUCACCGUGCCUCUGCGUCCGGGUGCUGGUCGACCCAACGGGACCGCUCCAAAACCGAUCAAUCACUACCACGACGUUCUGGUUCUUCGCUCUCAAACUCGCAUCGAUCGCAGGAAAUUCAUCCGAGGAUACAACGGGUGA